CACUGGGUUACAAAUUCGGCACAGACAUUCUGCUCUUUCCUGCCUUCUUCUUCAGCAGGCAUUCCAGCAGCGUCUUUGCCUAGGUCCUCAAACACGUGUUUGGAGGACCUCAACCCUGCGACUACAACACCUGAACCCACAUCCCCCGAACAUCGCACUGCAGCUCUCCUCCUGCUCGGCUCUGCAACGUUCGCUUCUCUUCUCCUACCCCCUCCGUGCCCAUCGCAGCACUCCACUCCUCUCCGUCGCCCUCUUCAGUGCCUGCUCGAACGAGCAGGGUGGUACACGAGUGCCGAGGAGUGCCGACGGGUAAGGAAACACGUAGAAAAACUCUGAAGCUGUCCUGCUGAAGCCUGGUGAGGUGCAGUUUCUUCUCUUGGGAGCGCGAGUGUCGAAGUUUGACGAGUCUGGGAGAACAGAAGAAGUUUACAAACGUGGAGUGCGACAGUCCAGUUCAUUGCUGUGGAACAGCUGAGUAUCUAUCUUAUGGUGUGUCUUUGACGUCGAACGAAAGCAUGCUAGAGGCGAGCGAGAGUGGGGACGAGAAUGCAGAAGUAAAUGGGAGCUGUUUCGAUACAUUCUUGUCAACUGCUUUUAGUCCGUCAUCGACCGGUCAAACAUCCACAGGAGCUCGUGGGGUUGGGGUCAAUGGGCGGCUAUCUAGGGAACCUGUAGAAAGAAGCUGAGCUUUCCAUUGAGCGCGUUUCGUUCGUGGAUCGUUACAGAAGCAAAGCUUCUCAACACUAAAGCCAGCAGCAGAAUCUGAUUAAAAAUCCAGCCCAGUUUUGAAGGUGUCCUAACAGGCUCAGUAUGGCUUCUCCGGGGUCGGCGUUUGGGACCGGAGGAAAAUCGUUCAGAAAUUUGUCGAGUGGUCAGAGCCAAAGCCCGAGAAUGAAGAUCGGCAGCUCUUCUCCAGUCAACGGCAAUACUCGUCGCACCAUGAGCGGAAGAUAUGUCUCUAUCUCACGGGAUGAGUACGACCAGUCGAUAGAGCUGAACGGGGAUGUCAGUUCGGAGUUUCCUUACACUGUUCACAUACCCCCCACACCUGAUCAUCAACCUAUGUCUGGCUCGAACACCCCGCGAGCGAUAGCUCCUGACCCGGUCAUUGCCGCGAAAGCCGAACAACAGUUUGUAUCGAGCACAAUGUUCACUGGUGGAUUCAACGCCGUCACUCGGGGUCAUGUGAUGAAGAAGGUGACGGACGACGACGAAGCCUCACAUCCGCAGAUGGCCGGGUCUAGGGGAAACACCUGUCAGAUGGAAGGUUGCGAUGGGAGAGCUAUGAGAGAUGAGCGAGGCGAAGACUUGCUACCUUGCGAAUGUGCCUUCAAAAUAUGUCGGGAUUGUUAUCUUGAUACUCUUGCUGCCGGUGGUAGGUGUCCUGGUUGCAAAGACGAGUACAAGACUGAGGAUGAUCCCCACGGGGAGGAAAUGCCCGACCACGUGCAGGACCGCAGAGCUCUGCCUCCGCCUAACAACCAUAUUGACGACUCCUCAAAGAUGGAAAGAAGGUUGUCUUUGCUGAAAACCAACAAACCUCCCCUGCUCAUGAGCCAACAACAUCAAACUGGUGGUGAUUCUUUCGAUCACGCUCGGUGGUUGUAUGAGACCAAGGGUACAUACGGUUAUGGGAAUGCUGUAUGGCCGAAGGACGACUCGUACAUGGGACCUGAAGGGGCCGGUGGUGCUGGAAUGGGAGCUCCUCCUCCUUCUUUCAACGAGAAGGCGCGGAGGCCACUCACUCGCAAGUUGAAGAUUCCAGCGGGAAUUAUCAGUCCCUACAGGUUCCUCGCUCUGUUGAGAUUAGUCGUUUUGGGGUUCUUCUUAUAUUGGCGUGUCGUAAACCCCAACAGGGAUGCCAUGUGGCUCUGGGGAAUGUCCGUCGUCUGUGAAAUCUGGUUCGCUUUCUCUUGGAUUCUCGAUCAACUCCCAAAGCUGAAUCCCGUGAAUCGCCAGACGGAUCUUCAGGUUCUCAAGGAUAAGUUUGAGCGAGUUUCGCCUGACAAUCCCCGAGGGCGUUCUGACCUGCCAGGGAUUGAUGUUUUCGUUUCCACAGCAGACCCCGAAAAGGAACCCCCCCUUGUAACAGCAAACACUAUAUUGUCGAUCCUGGCCGCAGAGUAUCCGCUGGAGAAGCUCUCUUGUUACCUUUCGGAUGAUGGAGGCGCGCUUCUCUCUUUCGAGGCCCUUGCGGAGGCAGCUAGCUUUGCCAGAGUCUGGGUACCUUUCUGUAGGAAGCAUAUCAUUGAGCCCCGCAACCCCGAAACCUAUUUCAUGAUUCGUGGUGACCCAACCAAGGGUAAGGUGCGCACUGAUUUUGUCAAAGACCGAAGACGAGUCAAACGAGAGUACGACGAGUUCAAAGUGCGAAUUAAUGGGCUUCCAGAUUCUAUUCGACGAAGAUCCGAUGCCUACAAUGCGCACGAAGAAAUUCGCGCCAAAAGAAAUCAAAUCGAGUCCGGCGCUGAUCCAUCUAUUCCUCUGAAUGUACCGAAGGCGACUUGGAUGGCAGAUGGUACACACUGGCCUGGAACUUGGGUCAUAUCCGGGAAGGAGCAUAGUCGCGGUGACCACGCGGGAAUUAUACAGGUCAUGUUAGCUCCACCCACCUGUGAGCCCAUUAUGGGGGGCCCUGAUGAGGAGAAUUUGAUUGAUACCACCGACAUCGACGUCCGCCUGCCCAUGCUGGUUUACGUGUCAAGGGAGAAGCGACCUGGGUACGAUCACAACAAGAAGGCCGGUGCCAUGAACGCCUUAGUGCGAACUAGUGCCAUAAUGUCAAAUGGACCGUUCAUCUUGAAUUUGGAUUGUGACCACUACAUUUACAAUUCGAUGGCUAUGAGAGAAGCAAUGUGCUUCAUGAUGGACCGAGGUGGUGACAGGAUUUGCUAUGUACAGUUCCCCCAGAGGUUCGAGGGUGUCGACCCGAGCGAUCGUUACGCCAAUCGUAACACUGUGUUUUUCGAUGUCAAUAUGAGAGCUCUUGACGGGCUUCAAGGUCCAGUGUACGUGGGAACUGGAUGCGUUUUCCGUAGGAUUGCGCUAUACGGAUUUGAUCCUCCGCGAGCUCCCAAACAGCACACGUGUUGGGCUUUCUGCUGUGGGGGUGACAAGAAGAAAGCCAAGAAGACCGCUGGUAAGAAGAAGAGGGAAUUCGAGGUGUCUGCUCUCAACGGGACGAGCAGCGACGAUGAUGACACAGAGGCGCGAGGUUUGCUUCCCAAGCAGUACGGAAAUUCCAUGAGUUUCGUUGCUUCCAUCCCUGUAGCAGAGUUUGCCGGACGACCAAUUGCCGACCAAGGCGUGCCAAAUAGUAGGCCUGCGGGAGCGUUGACCGCUCCACGUGAACCUCUGGAUGCUGCAACGGUGGCCGAGGCGAUCAAUGUUAUCUCAUGUUUCUACGAAGAUAAGACUGAAUGGGGUCAGCGUGUAGGCUGGAUAUACGGUUCAGUUACCGAGGAUGUCGUGACGGGAUUUCGAAUGCAUAACCGUGGAUGGCGAUCUAUAUACUGUGUGACGAAGCGAGAUGCAUUUCGUGGAACCGCACCCAUAAAUUUAACCGAUAGGCUCCACCAAGUACUCAGAUGGGCAACAGGGUCUGUGGAGAUUUUCUUUUCCAGAAACAAUGCUAUCUUCGCCAAUUCUCACAUGAAAAUCUUGCAGCGAGUUGCAUACCUGAAUGUCGGUGUCUACCCCUUCACAUCCGUCUUCUUGAUAGUCUAUUGUUUCCUACCUGCUCUAUCGCUCUUCUCCGGCCAAUUCAUCGUGUCGAGCUUGAACGUUACCUUUUUGGUCUACUUACUGACGAUUUCUAUCACUCUGUGCCUCCUGGCCAUACUCGAGGUGAAGUGGUCGGGCAUCACCUUGGAAGAGUGGUGGAGAAAUGAGCAGUUUUGGGUUAUUGGAGGGACAAGUGCUCAUCUCGCUGCUGUCUGCCAGGGAUUGCUGAAAGUUGUUGCCGGAGUGGACAUAUCUUUUACGCUUACUUCCAAGUCUGGAGGUGAUGAUGAGAAUGAUGAGUUUGCUGAUCUAUAUGCGGUGAAAUGGAGCUUUCUGAUGGUGCCUCCUAUCACAAUUAUGCUCGUGAACUUGAUCGCGAUUGCCGUGGCGGUCUCGAGAACACUGUAUAGUUCGAUUCCCCAGUGGAGUAAGCUAGUUGGUGGAGUGUUCUUCAGUGUUUGGGUGCUUACGCAUUUGUAUCCAUUCGCGAAGGGGCUGAUGGGAAGGCGCGGUCGUACCCCGACAAUUGUGUUCGUCUGGUCUGGCCUUCUGGCUAUUGUUAUCUCGUUACUGUGGGUUACUAUUAGUCCGCCGGCGGACAGCACUGGCUUAGGUGGCACAGGAUUUCAGUUUCCCUAAACUGUGAGUUGGAAGAAAGUCGGGUAUGAAAUUUUGGGAUCAAACUACCGGGAGACAACAGAAUUUUGCCCGAUCUUGCGGCAUAUGUCGCAGAUAUAGAGGCACAGGAAGAGGUGUACUGUAGCGGAAGAGAGAGGAAACUCCGAGCUGAAACGUGACUUAUCACACAGGAGGAAGGAUCGGAUCACGCAGGCAGGUGAUCUUGUCAGGUACCUUUGCCUAGAAGAACGAGCAUUAGAGAAAAGUGGCUGUAAUGGAGGUAUGUCUGAGUACACAAGAGUAACAAAAUGCGGCGGCAAAUCGAUCUUUUCCUUCCUGCUGUUUAUGUCCUGCUAGGAAACAAGUGGAUUGACUCAAGCAGUGAAUUCUUUUCGUGCUGGAGGGGAGCUGAGCUCAAGAGGCGCGAACUGAAAGGGAUUGGCGAAUGAAUGCAUGAUCAAAAGCCAUUUACAUAUUGUGGGAUGCUCAACCUGGUUUCAUUUGGAGAUGUGUACAUUAUCAUGGAGAGUGUUGAACUUAUUGACUACUUAAUUAAACAAUUCUUUUAGUUGCUAGCUAUCUAGUACCCGCAUCUAUUCACUCAUUGAGUUAAGUGUUUAAUGGAUCUCUAGAGAUAUGCCUUGUUUGGCUCCUAUCCGGCUUCCAUUCGAAGCUCGCAAUGCACCUCGCAUUCGAUUGUAAUCAAUUUCGAAGUACGCGGCUCGAGAGCUAUGUGAGGAGAGGCAUGCCAUGUGAUCCACUAUUGAUCAAAUCUAGAGCAAUAAAUUACCGGCUCUUAUUUACAAUGCGAUUGCUUCGGCAUCUAAAACGAUUCGUCCAGGAACUGUACCCGUGCUAGAGGGGGAGGCACAUAAAGGCAUGUUGAGCCCUCCAUCGUCUGGCAAUAAGUAUCUGAGAACUUCCAUGAGACCUGACGGUUCACCCAGAUACAAGCCAGUCUUUACUUCGGACUGUAGCAUGCUUCGGAGCUUUGUACUCGUCGAUGGUUUCAUCCCGCUUUUUAUUCCACGAGUUUCCUUCCCUUCUGUCCAAGGAUUUGUCGAUCGGGGAGGCGCAACCUAUUUGUCGUGAAGUCGGGUAUGCAAAAGUUGAGUGCAUAUCUUUAGGUUUAGCGUCCAAGUGAGUGACUGACCUAUGAAAGGACAUGCAGGGCGGAAACUGUAAUUGAAAAAAACGAUUUAUCGUAGCGAUGGGUGUACAUCGGUGAAAGUGUGUUGGAUGUCCACCUUGUGCACACGAUAUCGGUUCCAAAACCAUAAUCCCUCUGACUCAACACUCCACCGGAUUGAUGAUAAUCACCGAAUACCAUCUAUCAAAAUGACUGUAGAAAUUUUCUCUGGUUCUGACGUUUCUGGUGGACACGUCGGCCAAGAGGAAAACGCAUAAGUAAAAGGGAAACCUCCUUAGAUCGUAAACAGACACAUCUUCCACUAGC